AAAAUGGCGGCGGCGGUGUCGCGGUCUGUGUUGACGUCUCUCCGGUCGGGAGGUCCCGCCGCGACUGUGAGAGGUGGAGUUACAGGUUCUGUUUGUCACAAGUCGACAUAUACGUACUCUGCUCUUCCCAAUGAUUACAACUGUAAAGUGGACCUUGCUCUGACAUCAGAUAGAAAGACGAUAGUUUGUUACCACCCAUCAGUGGACGUUCUAUAUGAACACACCAAGCCUAUUCCACGUCUGUCCCCUGUGGAGAACAAAGAGGAAACCCAUGAGCAGGUACUCAAGGCCAGAUUAGAGACAGAAAUGCUACGCAAUAAACCAGCUCCGACAAUUGAAGAACUCAGCAAAAUGUUCUAUACAACCAAGCAUCGCUGGUUUCCAAUUGGACAGUAUCGCAGACGAAGGAUAAAGGCUAAUCCUCCAAAAGAUCGAUAACACAGCUUCAUUUCGGGCUGUGAACUAUUGUAUUAAAAAAAGGAUUUAAUAAUAACUUGUGUUCCAUUGAACUUCAUAUCCAUUGAUGUACGUUCAAUUCACUUUACAUCAUAUUCUGUGAAGCGCUUUGAGACUUCUAGAAGACGUGAAAAGUGCUCUAUCAAAUUUAAGGAUUAUUAUUAUUACAUUACCUUUGGAAAGAAAUUUUCCCACAUGAAAUGUUUUCAAAGCCAUGGGAAAGAUCAAUCCAGACCGACUAGUGAAUGAGUGAUUGUCUUCAGGACAGGAUGUAAUUCUGACCUAAUAAAAUAUUACCUC